AUGCUGGAAGCAUCACAGUGUUUGCAGGAUGUCCGUGGCGGCUGGCACGAGGCCCAAGCGAGAGCAAGCCUGAGGCCUGAGGACCGAAGCCCUGAGUCAAGCCAGCGCUCGCUUUCGCGAGCCAUUGCGUCCAUGGGGACUGCUCCUGCCUGUGAUGCUGGUGGCUUUUGGAUGUUCCAGGAGGACAAGCAGUGGCUCGGCUUCUCGCCUCAGAUGAGCGCUGCCUUGGAAGAAGUGUACCAGCAGUGGCUGCAGGAGGAGGCUGGAGGAGCGCUGCAGCCAAGGGACGUGCCAGGGGUGUCGCCAGUGAUGCAAUACUUGGCAGAGUUCUGUUGCCAGGGACCAAAGCAGCGCAUCUGCCGCCUCAGCGAGCUGCACGCUGCGGCUGUGCCCGUGAAGAAGGAGGCACGCGCUGAAGAGAUUCAAGCGCUGCGCCGCAAGGUGGCCGAGCUCGAGCACCAGGCCCAGCAGCUGUUGAAUGCCGCUCCAGCGGAUGGGGCCCUUCUGCUGGAUCUGCAGCAGACCCUGGUGCCAGGGAGGUUCGUCCACUGGGAGGGCCUCACCGGCUGCGUCGUGGCUUGUGACUCGGAGGCCGCUAUUGCCUUUCCAGACCUCGAGGCGGCCGUGUGGCUUCCACGCGCCGCCCUGCGCCCGGACUAUGCCAAAGAGCUCCUGUCCCGGCCUGGCAGCCGAGUGCGAUAUGGGCGCCACGAGCGCGCCGUAGUGUGCGGGCGGGCGGCGCCUUUCUGCGCCGUGGUGGAGCUGCUCACACCGGACGGCUGCAAGCAGCGCGCAAAGCUUCAAGACCUCAGCAAGGCCGCCCCUUCCGUCGAACGGCCUGCGGUGGGGGACCUGGUGACCUACAAAAAUGGCGAGGAGCUAGAUGGCAUGGUUGUGCAAAGCAACGACCUGGGCCUCUGCAUUCGAUGCGGCUUGAAGCGUGGCAUCGAGGAUGUCCUCCUGUCGCCAGCAGAAGCUGACCAGGCACUCGCCCAAGGCGUUCUGCGCCUGAGUGAGCUCAACACCCUGGAGCCAGGAAUGUUCGUCACGCGCGGGGAGGAGGUAGGCGUGCUGUUCGCGAUCCACGCAGACUGCUCGGCAGUGGUUGACUUCAUCGGCGCGCGGGGCUGGCGCGGGCCGCUUCGGUCCCUGGCGGUCUUGGCGGCUGGCAGCGUGCAGGACGAGGCCUUGGCCAUGUGUGCCAGCAUCAGCGAGCUGCUGGCCCUGUCCGAGGCGAUGACCAAGUGCGGGGCACUGCCCCAGCGCUUGAACCAGAGCCUCAAGGCCUGGCCAGAACUACACCAGACUGGGCAGUGUUGAGAAGUGAAGCAGGAGGGUUUCUCUUGGCAGAAGUCAAGCUGAGUGUGAACCGUCCACUGUCGGGCCUAGAUUUCCCAUUCGCACCCGCA